AUGAGUAAACACUCCUUUACCCCGCCAUCGAAUUGGGCGCAGCUUUUUGCGCGUCUGGAGGACUACCGAAAGCACUUACUGGCCCCGGUGGACACGAUGGGGUGCCACCGCCUCCACGAUGAGAAUGCACCAAAGGAGGUUCAACGCUUUCAGACCUUGGUGGCGCUUAUGCUCAGUGCUCAGACGAAGGACAUCGUGACCGCCACUGCGAUGGAUGCUCUGAUCAAGCGCGGGCUGACUGCGCAGUCGAUUCAUGCAAUGACGACGACUGAAUUAGACAUGCACAUCUGCAAAGUUGGGUUUCACAAUACUAAAGUGAAGCAUAUCAAGGAAGUCGCCGCGAUUCUCAUAAAGGACUACGGCGGAAAGGUACCGCGAGAGUAUGAGGAGCUGAUUGCACUGCCCGGCGUCGGCCCGAAAAUGGCUAAUCUGUUUUUCCAAGACGCUGACCACCGUACUGUCGGAAUUGGCGUCGACACGCACGUGCACCGCAUCUCGCAGCGCUACAGAUGGGUACCAAGCACUGUGAAGACGCCGGAGGACACGCGAAAGGCGCUGGAGUCAUGGUUGCCUCAGAAACACUGGGGAACCAUUAACUCUCUCAUGGUGGGUCUCGGUCAGACAGUGUGCACGCCACUCUACCCGAAGUGCGGCAUCUGUGAACUUAGCGAUAUUUGCCCAAAUGCGUUCAAAGAGGUACAGCAGAAGGGUCUCCGCACAAAAGCGCCCACGGAGAGGAGGCAGGAGCCUGUGCCGCAGAAGAAGAGACGCAUAAAGUGA